AUUUCCCGAGACGCAGUUUGGAGAGAACCUCGCCUUAUCCCACAGUUUCACUUUCUGCCUUUCUACGGGACUUUCCAGAGCGCUCUCAUUGGGAACCAUGGCCUGUAAAUUAGACCUUCCACUUCAUGGGACCUCACUCAACAUUGUGAGACGAUGUGGAUCUGCUCUGUGUGAUGUCGUUCAGAGCAAAUUUGGAUGUGUGGCCUCCAUCGAUGGUGUGUAUUUUGACGGAGAUUCAAACGGUGCACAGCAGAUGGGGCCAACUGUUGUCCCUGAGAAAAGGUUAACCGUGAAGCUGCCCUCAGGUGUUCAGGUAUCUGUGUGGAAGGCUGAUCUCACCAAUUUCACAGUGGAUGCUGUUGUGAAUGCUGCUAAUGACCAUCUUAAGCAUGGUGGUGGUCUGGCUCAAGCUCUGUCCAAAGCGGGCGGGUCACAAAUCCAAAAGGACAGUGAAGACUACAUCAAGAAGCACGGUAGCUUGAGAACAGGAGAUGCAGUUGUCAUGGAUGCUGGAUUACUUCCAUGCAUGAAGAUAAUUCAUGCUGUGGGCCCGCAGCUCAACACAUUUGCCUCUAAGUCUGAUCUUUUAAAGGCUGAACCACAGUUGGAGAGUGCCAUCAAGAACAUUCUCAACAGAGUUAAAGAACACAAGCUGCAGUCUGUUGCCAUUCCUGCUAUCAGCUCUGGUUUGUUCCACUACCCCCUGCCAGAAUGUGCAACCACCAUCGUGAAAACUGUGAAACACUACUAUGAAAGCUUUCACUCUCCAGGACAUCUACCUAAAGAAAUCCACCUUGUGAACCAUGAUGAGCCUACAGUCAAAGAAAUGGAGAGAGCCUGCCGUCAGAUAUUAGCAACCAGCAAACACAGAGGGGACACCAAAACCUCAACACUUUCUGUCCAACUUGGAAACACCCAUCUGACACUGGUGAGGGGUAAAAUUGAAGAACAGCAGACAGAUGUCAUCGUGAAUACUGCAUCACUACAGCGAGACUUGAGCGUUGGCCAAAUCUCCAACGCUUUACUGCAGAGAGCUGGUCGUGGAAUGCAGCACGAACUUAAUGCUGCUCCUCAGACCGGACACGUCACCCCCACAGAUCCCUACAGGCUGCAAUGUAAAAAGGUGUUUCAUACUUUUUGCAUUGAAAAGGGGAAGGACCCAGUGCAGCAGACAGCAGCGAAGAGGGUUCUUUUCGAAUCAGUAUUGGAUUGCUUGAGGUUGGCAGGCACAGAGCGCUACACAUCAAUUGCUUUUCCUGCCAUCGGCACCGGAGCCCUCGGGUUCGAUAAAAAAGAAGCUGCCUUAAUCAUGUCAGAUGCAGUGGCCAACUUUGCUGGAAAGUUUCAGAGGAAGAUGGAAGUUUAUUUUGUCAUAUUUCCUUAUGACAACGACACAUUCAAGGCAUUUGAGGAACAAAUGGGACAUCUCCAGAAAAGAGCUUCUCAUUCCAGCUUUACCCAUGCAUUUGAGCACAGAGAGGACUCCCAUGGCAGCAGAGCUUCCACUCCACAGAUCAUCCUGAAGAGCCCCUCUAAUGAAACAGUACGCGAGGCUGAACAAUGGCUCCAUGUUCUUCUCUUCAAGUUCUUUGACAAAGUCGUUAUCUACAACAACUUCAUCCUGCACUUUGGCGAGAAGGAAUAUCUGCAGCUGUCCCGUCUGAUGAAAAACGGCGUUUCCAUCGAGGAGGUCUUCGAGAAAGGUCAUGCAGGCAUCAUUGUAACAGGGGAUACAGUUGAAGAUGUUGUAGUUGCUGUGUUGCAGGUGGAGGCCAUGCUCUGCACCAUCCAGAGGGAGUUUGUCACAGAGGAAGAGUGUGCCAUGCUUUCUGCUGUGUUGACCAACAAUCUGUCCUUUGACAGACAGACAGUUAAAAAGUCAAGCCAAGAGUUCAAAGUCAUAUGUUCUGGCUUUGAAAAGCAUGGGCUUUGGAUAGUGAAGGUGGACAAAGUGGAGAACGAAACACUGAAGGUUAUCUUUGACCUCAAGAAAAAUCAGCUGAGCUACUCCAAGCGUCCUCGGGAGAUGCUUCAACGCAUCCCUGCACAGUUCUGUGAGAUGGUUAGCCACAUCGGAUUCCAUGCAGAGAUCGCACCACCUGAUGAGCCAGAAUAUGGAGAAGGCAUCUACUUUGCUGCCAAGUUGUCAACAGCCAUGGAAGUGUGGAAGCAGCAGAGGGGGCGAAAGGAGGAGUACCUGUACUUUGUGCAGGCAGAGGUGCUGACAGGAAACUCUGUCCCUGGUAAACCAGGUCUCAUUAUGCCACCUCUUGUGGGGACAGAUCCACAGAUUAUGUAUGACAGUGUGAGCGGAGGGUCUGGUGAUAUCUCUGUGAUAUUUAGUGGUUCACAAGCUCUGCCCACUUACAUUAUCACCUGUAAGCGCUCCUGAAGAGUUGUUUCUUCACUGUUUCCUCUGAAUUUAUUGUCUUUUGUUGAACAAAUAUAAGAAUACUUGCAGUGGGUAGAGGAAACGGGAAUAUGAGAAGUUAUAUUCUUCUAAAACAAGCUGAGGUUUACUCAGUUUUUAGAAAGAAAUGUCUGUUUGCAUUACUCCUUUGUACCAUAUUAUGGAGAGCAUUGUGACAGUAUGAGAUCAUAUUCAGCUUGAGAAAGAUGUCAUUAGUUUUGAGUCAAUGAUUUUUUCAUUAUGUUUGUUUCUUUUCGGGUGAUUAAUAUACGUUCAACAUAGCAGCAUAAUUAUUUGUUGUCUGUCUUAUAGCAACAAUGAUACCACAUAUGCAGUUGUCAUUAGAGGAACAUAGUGUGUCAGUGAAAAUAACAUCACAUUGAUUACACUUCGUUUAAAAAGUGAAAUGAUUUGGCUACAAAAUACAAUGUAAUUUAACUAAAAAAUGUUCAUGACACUGAUUGUCCAACAGAUAACAAUGUGUUAAAAAUGGAUAUGAAGCACAUGGGUGCAGCUGGUUAAAAAUGUCUGACGCUGGUAUUAAAAUUAAAUAGUUUUAAAAAAA